UUGACCGACAUAGUCUACUUAAUUCUAAUCCUGUUCUUGUGAAGUUAACUCUUAAAACUCUAAAAUGAAAGCGUUAUUUAGAUUAAAAGUAACUCAUCAGCUGCUAUAUCUAAUAUAUUUGAUCAUGGUUCUACAAUAUUGUCAUUGUGAAGUGAAACCUUGCGAUCGAAGGCCUCUGGAAACUAAAACCGACCCCUUGCCACCUGACAAUCGUUUUCAAAUUGAAAUAAUUGGAAUUAACGAUAAUAUGUAUAUCCCAAAUAGAUUAUAUACAGUACGUUUAUUCGCGUCAGACGAUAUGUCUACCUUUAUCGCCUUCACGAUAUCAGCACUUGAAGAUACAAAACCAAAUGAGAAAAAUCGGCGGAAGCCAAUUCCAUUGAACGCUGGUAUUAUUUAUGCUCCACUUAACUCUACUGAUUCUAAGCUGAGUUUGAUCUGCAACAACUCGGUCAUACAAACAGAUAUCACUCCGAAGCUUUCUGUGCAGGUUAAAUGGCGUGCGCCCCCGAAAGACAAUAAGUGUGUUACUAUAUAUGCGCUUAUUGCCGUGAAGCCAGAUGUGUGGUAUAGCUUUGAUGGUCCUCUGUCGAAAAAAGUGUGUGAGGAUCGUCGGAACAUGGAAGACAUUCAACCAAUGGAAAACGAUAACUGCACAAGUUGUGAAGACGCUAGAUACCUGCUGACAUUUGAAGGAAUUUGGUCUUAUAAUACUCAUCGGCAUAUGUUCCCCAAUGCAAGCGAAUUAGCCCGAUUCAGUGAUGUUGUAGGCGCAUCACAUAGUAAGAAUUAUCAAAUUUACAAAUUCAAUACUGAAGCUAGUGGAGGUUUAAAGAUGCUAGUAGAGCAAGGAAACACAACCAAAUUAGAAAUGGAGAUUCAAGCAGAGCUUGGAUCAUCAGUGAGAACGAUUAUAAAAGCUUUAGGCCAACCAAAGCCAAAUAUGGUGACUAACGCAAUAUUUCGUGUAACGAGAGAACACCAUUUAGUGUCUCUAGUGACUGCAAUCAUACCAUCGCCCGACUGGUUCCUUGGAGUAUCUAAUAUGGAAUUAUGUGAAGUUACCACUAGGAAGUGGGCACCGAAUUUGACAUUUAACUUAUAUCCUCUAGAUGCAGGUACAGAUAGUGGGUUGACUUUUGAGUCUCCAAAUGAAGAUACGAUGCCUCCUCAAUCCAUUAAAUCAGCCGAAAUAAAUAAACUAAUCCCAAAAGAGCAGAUGAAGCCAUUUGCGAAAUUACAUUUCGAAUUAAUGCGUACAUACACAACUCCAGACUGCACAAAUGAGUCUCCCGAUCAAGAAAAUAAAGACGAGGAAAGACAGACUGACUCGAAUGAAAUACCGCCUCCAACUACACCAUCACGUGAAGAACCUUCUCCAGACAUAGAAUCAACUGAGGAUUGUCCCAUGACUGCGUGGGAGGAGUGGUUAUCGUGUGAAGGCGAGUGUAUUAAUGGCAAACUCAAGGGUUACCAGACGCGGUUUCGAUACCACCUUGUAGAUGGAGUUGCUGUUGGCAAGUACAACGAAAAUAAUCCAUCUUAUGAGGAAAAAAGAAUACCGCAGUAUUGUGUAGAUAAUUAUUUAGAUAUUGAAACAAAAAAUUGUGAAGAAACUUGCGAAGAAGAGGAAGAAGUUUCAGCCAAUAGAAGAAUUUGGUAAGAAAAUCAGAGAACAGUAUCAGAUAAUCAGCUAAAUUUCAA